GGCGGCUCCGGCUCGGCUCCCGGCUCCCGGCUCCCGGCUCCCGGCUCCCGGCUCCCGGCUCCCGGCUCCCGGCUCCCGGCCCUGCACCUGUGAUUGUCGGCCUCGCCCGGCGUCUGCAGCCCCAUGGCCCCGUCCCGCCUGCAGCUCGGCCUCCGCGCCGCCUAUUCGGGCCUCAGCUCCGUGGCCGGCUUCUCCAUCUUCCUCGUCUGGACGGUGGUCUACCGACAGCCGGGGACCGCGGCCAUGGGGGGGCUUGCAGGUGUGCUGGCGCUGUGGGUCCUGGUGACGCACGUGAUGUACAUGCAGGAUUACUGGCGGACGUGGCUCAAGGGGCUGCGCGGCUUCUUCUUCGUGGGCGUCCUCUUCUCGGCCGUCUCCGUCGCCACCUUCUGCACCUUCCUGGUGCUGGCCAUCACCGGGCACCAGAGCCUCACAGACCCCAACAGCUACUACCUCUCCUCUGUCUGGAGCUUCAUUUCCUUCAAGUGGGCCUUCCUGCUCAGCCUCUACUCCCACCGCUACCGAGCUGACUUUGCCGACAUCAGCAUCCUCAGUGAUUUCUGACCCAAGGGAUGAGGUCUUUGUGCCCUGGCGGUCCCCAGGACCUGGACUCAGUCUCUGAGACAUCGGGUGGGCCUGUCCCCCACCUUGGAACCCCAGAACCAUGGCAGAAAACACAGCAGGAAGCUGGCGGUCUCCCUGGGAGCUGUCCUGUCCCUAUUCUCGGAGCCCUGGGUGCUGUGGAAAGGGGUCCUGCCAUGUUGCUCAUCAGCCUGGCUGGAGGGGAGCUUUAGACCUUUUCAAAUGGAUCUAUUUUCUUAGCACUCAGUGGGCAGUCUUUGUAAGCAGGGCCAGAGCAACAAAGGGUAGGGCAGUGAGGCUCUGACCUGGGCUUGGGGGCAAGGGGCAUGUGGUUUGGUCCGUGCUGCCCCAUGCAUUCUCCUCACCAGGCUGAGAACCUGGGGAGGUCAGGUCAAGGAAGGGAUCUCUGGUAGAGACUUCUCAACCCCCAUCCCAGCACCCACCUCCUGUUUUCCCUCGAGGGUCAGGCAGCUGAACUCCUUGGUCCCAGGGAUGGUGACAUUUGGCUCUUGUUUCCUAAGGCCCGGGGACUUGCAGGGAGACGUCCCUCUUUCCACCCUGUUCCACGCAGAGCUGGUUCCCACGAGUGUGCUAGAACUAUCCUCCCCUUCACAUGCCCCAGAGUAGGAGGCCCCAAACGAGCCAGAUUAAGGAUCUUAGGGCAAGUGCUUCUGCCCCUGGAAGGGCUUUGGGGAAGGGGGCAGCAUGGGGUGGGCGAACCUGCGCCCGGCGCCUCCAGCCCUACGUUUCCACUGACUUCUCCCGCCCGCCCCUUGCCGUGCCCAGAUCACCCCCGCCCGUGAGACGCCUCCCCUGCCCCUGCCCACCACCUAGAGCUUUCAUCUUGAAAAAUCUCCCUUCCGAAGGACGGAAUUCACUUUACUGCCUAUACACUGGCCCAAGGGCUUACCUAACUCGGGAGGGAAGGGGCUAUGUACGUCUUUUCCUCUUAGGUUGCCAUUUUGCACGGUCUACCCCUUUCCCGCCUGAUGUGUCCUGCCCCUCAGCUCUUUGCCUUAUCUGUGUCACUGUCACUUUAGCAGAAAUACAGCAGCCAUUUGUAUCA